GCUCCUUUCCUCUCCUGGAGUAGAAAGGACUGCAUGUGGCUUGGGGCUGGGGAGGGGGCAGUGGUCCCAGUGACAGCCAUGGUGGUUCUCCUACCACACCUGUGCCUGCAACGCUGCUUCCGCCUGGUUCCUCUCACUAUCUUCUCCUUGUUGCUUCUUUACCUCACUGGGCAGAUUAUCUGUCUCCUAUUAGGCUGCAGGGCCCUGGCACAGUCCAGCAUUCCAGAUGGACCGCUGCUUUUCCAGGUCCAGCCAGAGCUGGAAGCCCAGGUGGCCCCAAAGGGGGAAGAUCCUGCGUGUCUAGGGCCUCAGGGAAUGCUAGGUCGCAUGGUGAGGCCCUUCCAGGCCAGUCUGAACCUCCAAGAGGACGUGGAGCUGGCUCAGUACCUGGCAGGUUGGAGGGAAUUUCUCAGCGAGGCCUUCAGCAAGGUGACGGUCCUGGAGGCGCAGGUGCACGGCCCGCGCGCCGAGCACUACACGUCGCUGUCGACUAUGGCAGCGUGGGAGCGGCGGGCCGGGCUCCUCGAGCCGCCCUUGGCCGGGUCCUCGGGCUCGCGAACGCUGCUCGUGCUGCACCGCGCCCUGCGAUGGGCCCAGCUCUGCCUCUCCCGGGUGGCCACGGGCACGCUGGGAGACCCGGACGCCGGCGCGCAGUGCGCCGACGCCUACCGCACAGCCCUGGCCCCGCACCACCCCUGGCUCGUCCGUCACGCCGCCCGCCUGGCCUUCCUCGCCCUCCCGAGUCGCGAUCGCUUGCUGGAGAUGGCCUGUCCGGGAGCCAGCGAGGCGGACGCGCGGGCGGCGCUGGCCCGGGCGGCUGGCGCCCUGGAGGACGUCUACAACCGCACCCAAAGCCUGCUGGCGGGACACGACCUGCUUCUGCUGGCUUGAGGAAGCCGCGCGCCCGGGGAAGGGGGCUUCCCGGGGGGCAGAAUCCCCGCAGCCUGGAGCCGCGCCCCCGGGCCUGCGGGGAGCUGUCCAUCUGCCUGAGGCCCCGCCCUCCAGUGACGUCACCGCGGCUAAGACCCGCCCCCAGCCAGCACUGACCCUGGACUGCGGGGAGCCGCCCGUCGCUCUGAUGCCCCGCCCUUCAGUGACGUCAUCGCCAAAGCCGCACCCCCCCCCUUCCGCGUAUCCGCCCUCCCCGGUUGAGCGGAGUGGAAUAAAGUCACGGUUUGGCCUCUGCGGAUGCAGGGUGUUUUGUGUGAUGCCGGCAGGCGCCUGCAGGAAAUUAA